UCCCUCUGCCGCCAUCUCAGAGCUCCCCCUCCGCCCCUGCGCUCCUCGAUCUCCACCACUUCAUCCCCUAGCUAGAAUGGACGCGCCGCUGCUCCCGCUCGCUGGCUCCUCCGUGCGUCGCCUCCUUCGCCCGGAUCGACGCGUCGUCGCCGGGUCAACGCGCCACCGCUCCCGCAGCCCGGCCGGCUCCUCCCCGAGCCGUAUACUUCGCCCGAAUCGACGCGCCGCCGCUAUCUAAGGAAUUUGCAGCCGCUCGGGGCACCGCCUUGGGGCCGGAGCUAGGGUGGUGGCCCUAGUGCCGCGGCAGUGACGGCGAGGAGGGCGACGAUGGAGGCGCGCAUUACCGUGGAAGCUGCCACGGGAGCCAGAGAAAGCUGAUGCCAAACGGCGAAAAAAAGAAAGACCGCUAAUUACGAGAGAGAGAGAGAGGCAACUUCACUCAACGUACUCAAAACUCAAAAGGGAAAGUCCCAUACUAUAGUAAGAAGCAAGAGUCCUGUCCAUUCAGGCCCAAAAGCCUUCCGGGUGGUUGGUUACAUUAGCAUCUAGUGUUCUUGCUCUCUCUCUUCCCCCACACUCAACUAAACAAGCUCUUAGUAGCAUUUGGUGUUCUUCCUGUUCGUUCUAUCACUGCAAUUUUUCAUAAUUAUUAUUUUCCCUUUGAGGUAGUUGAUUCCAUUAGCAGUUGGUUCGUGCUCUUAUUCUCCCUCUCUUUUCCCACUCAACUAAACAAGUCAGUAGCACUUGUUCUUCCUGUUCGUUCUAUCUCUGCAUUUUUUUUCAUAAUCGUUUGCAUUGAUCGCUGCAUCCUUGCAAUUUUUGAUUCCUGGUGCGGUGCUGUGCUGUGCUGAUCGUACUUUUGAUUUCGCUAAACCAUGCUCACAACGCAACAGAAUCCUGCAUGCCUGCAUCAUCAUGUAUUCGGGUUGAUUGCUCAUUGGAGACCGACAGAGCUCAUCUCAUUCUGUUUCUUGGACAGAGAUGGCGGACGACGACCCGUCGGCGGCAGCAGCAGCAGCUGGAGUGCACAUCCCGCAGGGGUCCAUCCGCCGGGUCAAGCUUAGCGUCGCAAGCAACGAGGAAAUCCUCAAGGCGCAGCCAGUGGACGCAUUAGGCAAGCCCUUCCCGAUCACGCAUGGCAGCCAGCUCCAGGACAAUCCCUCGCUGGGGCUGCCUCUGCAGGUUGGCAGCUGCGAGUCAUGUGGCGCCACCCAAAUCGACAAAUGUGAAGGCCAUUUCGGCUUCAUCGAGCUACCCGCGCCCAUCUACCACCCUAGCCACGUCACCGAACUGGGGAAGAUACUCAACAUCUUUUGCCUCUGCUGCCUCCGCCUCAAGAAACCCAACAAGGGCACUGGGAAGGAAAGGAAAUUCACUUCAUGUUCCUAUUGUCCGGAUAUCCCACCAUUGUGUGUCACUCAAGUUAAGAAAUCCAAUGGCGCCCGUAGCUUGGAACUGAAAGCACCAUUAAAGGAAGUGGUUGGUGAUGGAUUUUGGAGCUUCCUUGAUCAGUUUGGCUUCCACACGAAGCGGGCAUGUCACCGCCGUCCCUUACACCCAAAAGAGGUUCAGAACAUAAUGCAAAAAAUCUCUGAAGAAAAAAGAAUGAGGCUUGCUUCUAGGGGAUAUAAUCUUCAGAAUGGAUUUAUUAUGAGUUACAUCUGUGUUCCCCCGAAUUGCCUGCAUGUUUCAAAUCUUUUAGACAACAACACAGCCAUGUGCCCUUUUGACACAUCAAAAGACUUGUUGCGAAAAGUUCUACGUAUAAUAGAACAGAUCAAAAGCUCAAGUAUUAGCCACCCAAACUUCGAAGCAAGUGAGGUAGGUGAAGAUGAUCUUCAGGUAGCUGUUGCCAAUUACAUCAAUAUGGGAGGAACAGCAAAGGGUACCCAAAGUGUCACCUUUACUAAGCCUGAACCAAAACAGUGGCAGCAAAGGAUGAAGGCACUCUUCAUCAGUAAGAGUUCAAGCUUCACGUGCCGUGCAGUGAUCACUGGUGACCCAUACAUUGGUCUUGAUGUAGUAGGGGUGCCUGAUGAAGUAGCAGGAAGAAUGUCAGUAGAAGAACAUGUCACAGACUACAACAUUGCUAGACUGCAAGUCAUGACGGAUAAAGGACUAUGUCUGACGUACACUGAUGUCAAUUCCAACACAUAUGACUUGAGUGGGGAGAAAGGAAGCAAGAAACGCACCACGCUGAGGGUUGGUGAAACCGUAGACCGAAGAGUCCUUGAUGGAGAUCUGGUCUACCUCAAUAGAUCACCAAGCAUUGACAAGCACUCAAUUCAAGCCUUAUAUGUCCAUGUCCAUGAUGACCACACCAUAAAGAUCAACCCACUCAUCUGUGGCCCACUUGGAGCAGAUUUUGAUGGCGACUGCGUUCACAUCUUCUUCCCAAGAUCAGUUUCAGCAAGAGUCGAAGCUACAGAGCUCUUCACCGUGGAGAAUCAGCUGGUGAACUCCCACAAUGCGAAGCUGAACUUUCAGAUCAAGAAUGACUGCUUACUAGCUCUGAAGUUAAUGUGUGACAGAAGGUAUUCUAGACAAGAGGCAAACCAAAUUGCCAUGUUCUUGCCAGGGAUUAUUCCACAUGGUGAUCAUUAUUGGACUAUUCCUCAGAUUCUACAGACUACCGGUGCACUAACAACCUUACUGGCAAGCCAAACAAACAAAGAAUCUGUUGGAUCCUUAGUAACUGCCAUCAUCUCAUCAACUCAUUCAGAUAAGGGUCCAAGGGAGGCCAUGAAGCUUCUAAAUCUACUACAACCCCUCCUAAUGGAAUCACUGCUUAUGGAUGGUUUCAGCAUAAGCUUGAGAGAUUUUGAUGUCCCAAGUGCAAUGCAGAAGGUAAUUGAAAGUACUUCGCUUGAGCUCGAUGAAUAUAGAGAAUCAAUUGUGGACUUCAUUGCCCAUGCUUCUGCCCUUGGUCUGCUGGUUGACCCCAAAAGUGAUUCAGCUCUGAGAAAAUUAGUUGAGCAGCUUGGUUUCUUGGGCCGCCAACUGCAAAAUAAUGGCACACUAUACUCUGGCAACUUAGUGGAGGUUUGCUACAAGUUUCUGAACAAGUCUAGCGGAAGCACCAAGUGUUAUGAUCCUUUAAAGGCGCAUGAUGUUGUUAGGAGUUCAUUUUACAAUGGUUUAAACCCACAUGAGGAACUACUCCAUUCAAUAUCAGUAAGGGAAAAGAUCGAGCGCUCAUCAUCUAAAGGACUAGCAGAACCUGGCAACCUUUUCAAGAACAUGAUGGCAAUACUCCGGGAUGUCAUAGUAUGCUAUGAUGGAACCAUAAGAACUUCAUGCAGCAAAUUGAUUGUACAAUUUUGCUCGACAAAUGCAUCAAGGCCUGUGACACCAGGUGAUCCUGUUGGUAUCUUGGCAGCCACUGCAGUUGCAAAUGCUGCAUAUAAGGCAGUGUUAGAUCCAAAUCAGAACAACAUGUCCUCCUGGGACUCAAUGAAGGAAGUACUUCUUACCAAAGCUACCUCUAUAACUGAUACCACUGACCAAAAAGCAAUUCUGUAUCUAGACAAAUGCUUUUGUGGACUUGAAUUCUGCAUGGAAAGAGCAGCACUUAGGGUACAAUCCUGCUUAAAAAGGAUCAAACUAGAGGAUUGUGCCACUGACGUUUCCAUCAAAUACCUGCCGAAAGAAACUCAAGCAGCACAUUGUCUUGUUGGUCACAUACAUCUAGAAAAGGAGAAUUUGAAUCGAAUGGAGAUAACAAUGGGAAAUAUUCUUCAAACAUGUCAGGAAGUUAUUAGUAAACAUGUAAACAAAAGUAGACAGCUGAGGCAAAUUUUGAAGACAACUGAAAUGAUUUCAAGUGAACACUGUUUGUGUGACCAGAAUAUAUACAAUGAGAAAGCCUUGCAAGUUUCCUGCUUGCAGUUUUUCCUUGAUGCAAGCACCACCACAGAACUAUCUGAAACUAAUAUUGUUGAGCUGAUGACCAAUGCCAUUUUUCCUAUACUCUUGGACACGAUUAUAAAAGGUGAUCCUCGAGUUAAGGAGGCUAACGUAAUAUGGGUUCAACCAGAACUAACGUGUACGGUCCAGAACUCCAGUGCAGAACAGAAUGGGGAACUGGCACUGGAAAUCACAGUGGAAAAGGCGGCGGCUGCAGAGUGUGGUGGCACCUGGCGAGUAGCAAUGGAUGCAUGUGUCCCUGUGAUGGAUCUCAUUGACACCACCAGGUCUACGCCUUACAAUAUCCAAGAAGUCUAUGAAGUGUUUGGCAUUUCCUGUGCCUUUGAUAGAGUCAAGCAGCACCUUUCCAAAGCCGUUGGAAUGGUUACAAAAUCAGUUCUCACAGAGCAUCUGACAACUGUGGCAAGCAGUAUGACCUGCACAGGUAGCUUGCAUGGCUUCGGUAGAUCAGGUUGCAAGGCCACAUUACAAUCCCUGAAGAUUCAGGCGCCAUUUAUGGAAGCUACAUUAUCUAGACCAAUACAAUGCUUUCGGAAGAGUGCAGAGAAGGUCGACUCUGAUCAGCUGGCUAAUAUUGUAUCAGCUUGCUCUUGGGGUAAUCAAGCAGCGAUCGGGACUGCCUCAACUUUCGAAAUUCACUGGAAGGAUGAGAACCAGUCUGCAAGCAACAAAAUACUUGGAGGGUAUGGUUUGUAUGACUUCCUCGCAACAGUAGAAACAAUAGGAGCUGCUGAACAGAACACAGUGACUCCUCAUAGUUCAUGCUUGUAUGAUGUCGACAAGAUUCCAGAGGAUCAAGUUCAAGAGGAUGAGGUGAUAUGUUUGGGUGAAAACCUUCCAAUCUCCUGGACAGACCAGCCAAAAGCUGAUUCCCUACUGCUUGAUUUUAAGGGUAGGAGGACUGGAAUACACAGCACUAGACAGGAACGCCAAGGAAUGCAAAAUAAGAGUAACUGGAACUCAGCUGCAAACUGGAAAAAUGGUAGACUGGGCGGUCCUCUGCAUUCUGCUUUUGCAGGAUCAACUAGCUCUGGCGGAUGGAACAAGAAACGGUUUAGCGGCCAAGUGUUUGAGAGAAAGCAACCAAAUCAUAACUGGACCUCAGCUGUGACACACCAAGGUGACAAGCCAAGUUGGUGUAGCAAAAAUGUUGCAGGCGCACAGAAAUAUGGCAUUGCAGAAUCAUCUAGCUCAGCUGGAUGCACUAGGAAGAAUAGUGGUGCUGGUCGAGGUGGUGGUAGAGGCAUGUGGAAGUCAGGAGCACACCAUGGAGGUGGUAACAGCAGGAACUCGAGAGCCCAGAAUAAUUGCAUUGCUAGACAAGGAGGUAUCAGUUAUAAUUUCACACCAGUGGAGCAGCAAAUAUAUGCACAAGUUGAACCAAUCAUGAAAAAUGUAAAGAGGAUCAUCCGUGAAUCAAGCAGGGAUGGCAUGAAGCUUUCUCUAGAUGAUGAGAUGUUCAUCGUCAACAAUGUUCUAAUGUACCACCCGGAGAAGGAGGAGAAGAUGUCCGGUCAGGGCAAUUACAUUAUGGUUGCUAAGCAUCAAACUUUCCAUAGCAGCAGGUGCUUGUACGUUGCAACCUCAGACGGAUCAAGUCAAGAUUUCUCCUACAAGAAGUGCCUAGAGAACUUCAUCAGGAUUCACUACCCUGAUGCUGCGGACUCAUUCUGCAGAAAGUACUUCAAAUGAUGAGCCAUGGGAUGUUAAUUUGUCUUAGUGCUGCUUGCUUGCAGUAGUGCCACUUUCUAAGUCCCUGCGGUGAUGAAGAACAUAUGCGAUUUCAGAUACAAUGUUACCUUUGAUGUCCGCUAACUUUAAUGUGCUUGAAACUUGUAUAACUGCGAUCUUGUUACUUUAAAAAUAGCAAAAAAAGACCAAGAUACCUAGAUUUCUGAA